AGCUGGGAACAUAAGAGCAGCUCACUGUCAUCAAUAUGGGAAGCGAUAUAGAAGAUAUUGGCAUGUACGAGAAGGGGAGUUCUAAAAAGUACUGCAUGAAAGGAAAGCACGUAGCUGCUAUUGUAGGGGUGGUGGUGGUUGUGGGGCUGGCGGUGGGGCUCGGAGUUGGACUUACUUAUCCAGAGCCAUGUAAAAGCACCAAUGGAGAUGUUACCAAGCCACCUUUGCCCAGCACUACUGUAUUACCACCACCACCCAACUCUGAAGCUUGCCCAGCUGAAAACAAUGAAAAUGGGGACUGGAGUAAGUUCAGACUCCCAAGUUACAUUAACCCCCUGCACUAUGACCUGGAGCUCCAACCUGAGAUGGAUAAAGAUACAUAUAAUGGUACUGUAACCAUCUGGCUGAAGCUGGCUCUCCCAAGUACACAUCUGUGGCUACAUAUCAGGGAGACCAAGAUCGUAGGGCAGCCCAGGCUGAGAGAUCAAAACAACCAGGAGAUCCCCAUCAAACAUUGCUUUGAAUUUAAACUCCAUGAAUAUGUGGUGGUGGAAGCUGACCAAAGUCUGCAGCCCAAUGGCAACAAUGAGUUACUGAAUGAUACCUACCGUCUGACACUACAAUUUGCAGGACUGUUGAAUGGCUCCCUGGUGGGCUUCUACAGAACCACCUACCAAGAAAAUGGAGUGACCAAGAGCAUUGCAGCUACAGAUCAUGAGCCAACAGAUGCACGGAAGUCAUUCCCAUGUUUCGAUGAGCCAAAUAAAAAAGCAACUUACACGAUUUCCAUUAUGCACAAGAAAGAGUACAAUGUCCUCUCCAAUAUGCCUAUUGAGCAUACUCAUGACCACGGAAAUGGCUGGAACCACACACAAUUCCAUAAGUCAGUGCCUAUGAGUACAUACUUGGUUGCUUUUGCAGUCCACCAAUUCACAUUUGAGGAGAGAAUUUCAAGUCGAGGGGUUCCUCUAAGAAUCUAUGUGCAGCCACUACAGCAAAAAACGGCAGAAUAUGCAGCCGAAACCACAAAAGUUGUGUUUGACUUUUUUGAAAAAUAUUUCGAUAUGGACUAUUCUCUUCCAAAACUUGAUCAAAUAGCAAUACCUGAUUUUGGAACCGGAGCCAUGGAAAACUGGGGACUAAUCACAUAUAGGGAGACUAACUUGCUUUAUGAUCCUAAUGAAUCUGCAACAGUCAAUAAGCAGAGAGUUGCUGCCGUAAUUGCUCAUGAGCUUGUCCAUCAGUGGUUUGGAAACAUAGUGACGAUGGACUGGUGGGAUGACCUGUGGCUGAAUGAAGGCUUCGCCAGCUUCUUUGAGUAUUCAGGAGUGAAUUCAACAGAACCUCUAUGGAACAUGCCCGACCAAAUUAUAAUAGAUGAUUUAUUACCUGUAAUGAGAGAUGAUGCACUACAGUCCUCUCACCCAAUUAUUGUCGAUGUCUCCACCCCAGCAGAGAUUACAUCCGUCUUUGAUGCCAUUUCAUACAAUAAGGGAGCAUCCAUUUUAAGAAUGCUUGAAAAUUGGAUUACGCCAGAAAAAUUCCAGUUAGGAUGUCAGAAUUAUCUAAAGAAAUAUCACUUAAAGAAUGCCAAAACAGAUGACUUCUGGGGUUCUCUGGCUGAGGCAAGUGGCCAACCAGUCAAAGACGUCAUGGACACCUGGACCAGACAGAUGGGUUACCCAGUGCUCAAUGUACAAUCUGGAAAUCAUGUUCAGCAGAAAAGAUUUCUUUUGGAUCCAAAUGCUAAUUCAUCUGAACCAGAUUCUCCAUACAGCUACACGUGGAACAUCCCAGUGACAUUCUAUGCUACUAGCAACAUAGAUGUCAAGCACAUCAGUUUUUACAACAAAUCAGCACCUUCACUAACUUUGGAACCCUAUAAUAAUACAGUGGAGUUCUUGAAGAUAAACAAUAUGCACUUUGGAUUUUUCCGGGUAAAUUAUGAAACCCAAGUAUGGAAUCAGCUGGCAACUUUAUUGCAGGCAAAUCAUAUGGUUUUUACGGCAGGAGACAGAGCUGGACUAAUUGAUGAUGUUUUUGCCUUAGCAAGUGGUGAAAUAUUGGAUUAUAAUAUUUCUCUUGACGUAACAAAAUAUCUUCAGAAAGAGAAAGACUAUCUUCCCUGGGUGAGAGUGAGCUCUGCACUCGCCUAUUUAAAUGAUAUGCUGGAGAAUGAUGAAACCAUCUACCCAAAGUUUCAGGAAUAUUUACGAAAACAAGUUAAACCAAUUACAGAUGAACUUGGCUGGCUUGAUGAAGGCACUGAUGUGCAGAAGCUCCUCCGAACUUCAGUACUGGCUCUCGCGUGCAGGGCUGGAGAUCCUGAGGCACUGAACAAUGCCUCGCACAUUUUCAAAGAAUGGAUAGCUGGGAUAAGGAUUCCUGUGAACCUCAGACAGCUGGUCUAUCGUUAUGGGAUGAAACAGUCUGGUGAUGAGCAGUCCUGGAAUUUCAUGUUUCAGAAGUAUUUAGAAACUCCAUUAGCUCAAGAAAAAGAAAAGCUACUACAGGGUCUAGCAUCAGUGGAGAGCAUCCCGCUUCUGAACAGAUAUCUCAAACAGAUUUAUGACCCAAGCCUUAUUAAGAGCCAAGAUGCCCUGAAUGUUAUAUAUUAUAUAUCUGCAUACAGCAAGCUUGGAAAGCAAAUGGCUUGGGACUGGGUGCGGAUUAACUGGGACUUUUUAGUAAAAAGAUACACCAUCAAUGACCGAAACCUUGGUCGGAUAAUUACGAGAAUAUCAACAACAUUUAACACAGAUACCCAGCUGUGGCAAAUGCAAAAUUUCUUUGAGACUUAUCCAAAUGCUGGGGCAGGAGCAACCCCAAGACAGCAAGGACUUGAAACUGUUAGAAAUAACAUUGAAUGGGUUGCAGCCAACAAAAAUGGUAUUAAAACCUGGCUGGAAGCAAACGCUUGAAAGUUUGAAAGUUCUUAAUAGACAGAAAUGAGCAAGCCAAAGAGGAGCGGAAACUUACCUUCCAUCAACCCAAAGGAAAUACUUGGACAUUAAAGACCAUGGUCUUGCUGGAUUUAUUCCAUAAUGAACUCACGUGACCCAACAAGAAACCCCUAAUGGUAUCUGGGACCAUCUAUUUCAGGCUGUAUGCUUUAUAUUUAAUAUUGGAAACAUACAUACAUCAAUCUUAUCAUAAAAUAUUUAGGAGGAGCUAUUCAUGUGUCUUGUCACCGUAAAUCUGAAUGAAAUGGAAUGCUAAGGAAGUCAUUUGUAGCAUUAUGGAAGAACUCCAGGAUUUUCUAAUGGUGGUGUCCAUUCGUAAACUACAUGAGGGAUAGGGAACUGCUGUGAAUCACAUCACCAGCUGCUUUAUUGCAAGAUAAUAAACUCUAUUCCUGGCUGACCACUGUGGCCCUAUGGUGUUCUCUGUGUCACCCAUACGUAAUUGUCUCUAUGCAAGUCCUACAAGAGCCUUAGGCCUCAUGCACACGACCGUUGUUCUGGUCCGCAUCCGAGCCGCACAAAAGAUGCGGACUGCACUUCGUGUGCUGUCCGCAUUCGUUGCUCCGUUACGUAGCCCCGCCCAAAAAAUAUAACAUGUCCUAUUCUUGUCCAUUUUGCGGACAAGAAUAGGCAUUUCUACAAUGGGCCGCCUGUUCCGUUCCGCAAAUUACGGUAGGCACACGGGCGGCUUAGGUGUUUUAUUGAUCCGCAAUUAGUAGACCGCAAAAAAUGGAACGGUCGUGUGCAUGAGGUUCUUAAUGUGAGUCUCUUAGGCUUGCAUAGAAACUUACUUCUGGCUGACACAGCAGAUCUACUGCCCACUGUAAUGCAGUCUGAUUUGCAAUGUGAUUCACUGCAAUACAUUGUUCCUCUAGCAGUCUACAGAGUCCACCAUGAAAAAAUCCCAGAAUGCUUCUUUGAUGAUCUGCCAACAAUGCUGAUAUGUCUGUUUAUUGAAUACUUGCAUCCUCAUAACUUUUAUAUAAAACUCUACAUUUUGCUGUUCCUCUGUUAGUCCUUUUAGAAAUGUAUGAAUAAAUUGACAUCUGGUGUUACCAUUCCCCUUGGCAAUGGGUAGUGGGCAUACACAGUGUGACGCUGCCAGUACUGACUGGACACCAUGAGAGUGGUGACACAACCCAGUGACAGGGGGCAUGCUAACACUUAGUUAUCAUUAGUAAGGUGACAUAUAAUAUAGGUAAGGAAGAUGCAUAAUGUAAAUAAUCUGGCUCAUACAGUGCCUUGAAAAAGUAUUCACACCCCUUAAACUUUUCCACAUUUUUUCACGUUACACCCUCA